AUGUCAUUUACUCGUCUUGUUCGAUUUGUCCCCCGGGGACGCCAAGAUGUUGUUCUUAUUGGCGAACCUUUGGAUCCUAAUAUUGAUGUUGGUGAAGAGGUUCGCAGUGGAAAUAAUGUUAAAGUAAAGGUUUUCAGUGGUACUUCAGUCUUGGACUUUGGCUCUGCUACUGGAAACGUAGAAUCCAUCGACCGCAUUCUAUCUCCACUUGCUAUGACUGAAGUUGGCACUAUUCGAUGCAUUGGACUGAAUUAUGCAAAACACGCAAAAGAGGCAAAUCUUGAGUUGCCAUCUGUACCAGUUGUAUUUCUGAAAUCGGCAACAUCUCUUGGAGAUCCAUGGCCAGCGUCAACAAUAAUACCAAAAUUCUCACUCGUUGACGAUACAUCAGACUAUGAAUCCGAAUUGUGCGUGGUAAUUGGCAAAACAGCAAAAAACGUGCCGGAGGAAGACGCACUGUCUUAUGUUUUGGGUUAUACGGCGUCAAACGAUAUCUCGGCGCGAAAACAACAGUUUGAACAAUCACAGUGGUGUUUUAGUAAGGGCUUUGAUACAUCAUGCCCCAUUGGUCCAACUAUUGUUUCAACGUCUGCCAUCCCGGAUCCGAGUCAGCUUCAUAUCCGCGGAUUGAAGAAUGGCAAAGUCAUGCAAGAUUCGCCGCUCAGUGACUUGAUAUUCAGUAUCCCAAGGCUUGUCAGCUGGCUAUCCCAGGGAACAACACUACCCGCUGGCACACUCAUUCUUACCGGAACACCCGCAGGUAUUGGCAUGGCAAUGGAGCCGACGGAGUACCUGCAUGAUGGGGAUGAGUUCGCUGUUAAAGUUUGGCCUCAUAUUGGAAGUUUAUACUCGACCAUACGAAUUGAGCACUGA